AUUAUGAUUUUGAGUUGCAAGUUGGAAAUGAACGCCACGCGAAUGUGCCGAUUUUAGUGGUUGGUACCAAAGCGGACCUCGUUAAACAAGAAUUAACGGGGCGCCAAAGGAGAUAUAGCAUCGUCGACGAAUAUGGUGGUGACUGCGUGAAUCUGUGUACAUUGGCGCCCACUCAUUUUGCACCUAAUUCCAUAGCAUCCGAAAAGAUCGAUGCAUUUUUUGACAAAGUUAUCGAUAAAAAGUUCGGCUUCGCGGAACACCUGACAAGUCCAUCGUACGGAAAUCUUGGCACUUCAUCGUCAGCUCUAACAAAUAGAGAUGACAGAAGACGCGUAAUAAACAACGUAGGAGUCUCGAAUAGUAUUAUGACAAAUGGUUUGCCACCGAGUCCUGGUCUAUCUGGAUUCACCGGAUAUGCCAACAGCAAUGCCGGAGGAAAUGCACAUCCCAGGAUAAGUGGAGCCGCCAAAGAUAUCUCACCAGCCAAAAAGCAACAUUGGAAUGGGUUCCGUCAACCUAUGAAUGAAGAGAUUAAUGGAUCAUCAAGACCGCCUCCUCCUCCUAAUAAUAAUCAUCAUAGUUUGCGGGAGUCACGGUCUAGUUCUGCUACAAAUCUGAGAGAGUCCUAUAAUGCUAAGGAUCGCUUGAAUGAUAAUCGCAUGGAAAGCAAAAUGGAUUUUGUUAAUUGA